AUGACCAAUUCAGUUCAAACUUUGGAUGUAAUGGUUAAUCGAAUUUCAGAGAAUAUUCCGAGGCAAAUUGCGGUUCAAAGCAAUGAUUCAAUAGUAAAUUAUCACGGUGGUGGUGCAAAUAUGCCAAAGAUGAAUUUGCGUCAAAUGGACAGAUCACAACAAAAUCAAACCAAUCUACGACAGCAACAACAAUGA